AUGGCAAAAGGUAACCAGUUAAGUAGCGCAUCUUCACGUUCAGUCCUAAACCAGUAUGUGGACAACACUGUAUGCUAUCAGCAACUGUUGAAUGGAUAUGGCACCGAAAUUUUUCAACUAAUUGAUAUAUUAGAAGGUGUUCGACAAAAUUGGGCAGAAACUAAUCGUGAGAAUUUUGCUCUAAAAAAGCAAAACAGUGAAUUGGAGGAUAAACUAUGGUUAAUUUUUCGAUAUCGUUUGAUAUUAUGUAGCAGAAAAAACCAAGUUACACAACGACAGUCAUCAGAUGCAAAACUUCUUCAUGCUCGUGCACAGAUUGAAGAUUUGGUGUCAAAAAAUACGCAACUAAGAAAUGAAUAUACCGAUAUGGAACGUAUAUUGCUACGUGUCAAAGAACUGAUCACCCCAGAAAUAUCUCGUAUGAGCGAUGAAGAACAACUAAAAUAUGCAUUUUUAAACGAAUUUACAACUAAUCAAAAAUUUGGUGUAUCAUCGAAAUGUUAUGCAGUAAACAGCGAUUUUCAAGAUGACGAUAUCGACUAUGACAAGACUACUGAUUCAAUAGAUCAAGAAUCUAAUACUGAAAUUAAAGAAGAACCAAAGACACCAGUUGUUAAAUCGUCUUCCAAAAGAUCACAUAUUGAACCACUGUCACCAUUGAAACGUUCGAACGUCGACAAUCUUCAGACACCAGCAGAUAGCACCAAAAAUACAGUACCGUACAAGCGCUCAAAACCAAUAGCACCGUAUCCGCCAACCAAUACGCUAAUAACUACAACGACGACAAUUACUGUUGAUACCAGUGAUGUUCCAUCACCAAAAACAAGAGUGUCUAUUAAACGCUUAUAUAAAAGAUCGAUGUCGGAAUCAAAUAUUUUGCUGGAAGAAGAACGAAGAAAUAUAGAAACUGUGGCUCGAUUCAAUGCAUUAACUCCUGGGUGCGGUACAACAAGCACUGUUGAUCUGCGUAGUCCAUAUGUUUCAAUAAAAAGUUGGUUGAAAGGUACAACGAUUGAAAAUCGUCAACAUAAUUAUACCGGUUCAAAACUUAUGUUCAGUGAGAAAUGCGAUGUAUGUGGUCGUUACAUCGUAGGGCUUGGAAAAGCUUUGAAAUGCUUGGGUAUUAAACUGCCUCAUUUGCUAAAUCGUUUAGUAAAUAACUGUAAUCUUCCUGUGCAUAAAGCUUGUGCAAGUCGCGCGCCAGUGCCUUGUAUUCCUCCAAUUUCAACCCCUCGCGCAACGUCACGUCAACAACGCCCACGUUUAAAAGAUUUUUGCCCUACAAGUCAGCCUAUGAUUCCUUACUCGAUUAUUUACUGUGUAAUUGCCAUAGAACGUCAUUUUCUUGAUGUUGAAGGACUCUAUCGCAAACCUGGUGAAAGGGCAUGUAUUGUGAAGUUGUAUGCAGACUUUAAAAGCACCAGUUUUCGACCAAAACUGAAAAAUUAUGAGCCUGAGGUUUUAACCGGAUAUAUUAAAUAUUUCUUGAAACAGUUGAGGGACUCAUUAAUCCCAAGUUCUUCUUGGAUUGAUUUCGUUGAAGCAGCUGGAAAAAAUAAUACUGCAGCAUUCGAACAAUGUAUUAUGGAUCUUCCAAUACCAAAUCGUGACACACUUGCAUAUCUUUGUCGACAUUUUCAAACUGUUUGUGAGAACAGUAGCAUCAAUAAGAUGACACCAGAAGCACUUGCUCGAUCUAUUGCCCCAACCAUUGUUGGCCCUGCACCAGUGAGGAUCAUGAACAUGGCACAAAGUGGUGAUGAAGCAGCAAAACAGAUACAAGUGAUGCUAACCCUUCUUAGAAUGCCAAACGAUUACUGGGGAAAAUUAUAUUACUGCGCAACUCCACGUAGAGAUUUUGAAAUAACGAAAAGUAGCUUAGCUUUACCAUCAGCAGCUGGUGAUAGAACACCUCAAAGACAUGUCCGAAUUGCGGAACCUAAUGAAACGACACAAACAGUUGCAUCAGCUGCCGAUCGCUCAAUUCUUGGCCCAAUUCAUACGCCACCUGAUAAUCAAUCAGAAUCUAAGAAACUUUUUGAUGAACAGGCUGAUGUUGAACAUUACGUAACGUUAAGAAUAAGCAUGGAAAGCGUUUUUUCACUUCUUGUUGGAAAUCUUGUGUUAAAUCUGGCACUGAACUAUGUAACUCUGACUAAAGCUACUAGUGCUCACUGUCUCGAGGGACUCGUCUUUGGUAAUCAUGAGAUAUGGAAAGACUUGAACGGACAUGAUUCAAUUGGGAAUACUAAUGGGUAUACUGAACUUAAAGUUGUAAAAAAUCAAAAGUACAAGUUAUGUUUGGGACUGUUCUUCUAUUACGAUUAA